UGUCAUUCUCAUUAUCAUGGCGGAGGACGAAGACGGUGUUUCAAAUAAAAAUUCACCACAAAAUUCAAACGAUGCAGACUCCAAUCAGGAAAAUGAACAAAAUGAUGUAAAGCCAGACCUAGGAAUUGAAGAAGCAAAGUACAAUAGUCAAGAAAAUGGCCACUCCUCGCCCACAAAGCCCAAAAGUUCCUCAACUAAGUCAACCGGAGCCGUGCGUAAGGAAGAGAAUCCGUUUUCAUUUCGGCACUUCUUGAAGAGAGAUCUUUCGUUGCCGGGCAACUCGACAUACGAGCACACUGGUGCAAGGCCUAAGGUUUACUCAAACACAGUUCAACACUCGCCUACUAAAGUAGACGUACACUCGGACUCCAGACGAGAGAAAAAUCGUCAGUAUGAUAAUCAAACCAAAGAUAAAUCAAGCGAGGGCGCCUGCCAUCGCCUCAGUGAUAAUGCACCUUCAACUAGUUCUAUGGAUGUACCAUUUAGUGUGGUAGGGAACUCAAAUUCUAAGAAUAAUUUUUACUCAGAGACUGCUGAUGUACCAUUUUAUCAUAGACCAAAUUUGGCAUCUGAGCCAUUGGGGAUGCCGUCCCUACCUGACUUUGUACAAGACCACAUCUUAGUAGAACAGGCGUAUUUACAUUCAAAUGGACCAAUGUCAUUGGACUUGGACAAUCUGCCGGACUUUACAUUUAAUACUAACUUUAAUGCUGGAUCAUCGUCAUCCUUGGGGAGGAGGAAUGAAAACAAUUAUGUUGGAAGAGGCUAUGAUUACGAUCCAUAUAUGGGAGCAUCAACAUCAUCUGACUCUGGACCAUCAAACCGGAAUAUCCCACUAGACCUGCCGGUAGGGGCAGAAGCUGCAGGUCCUGUUCCACUUGACCAUCCUAUGCAUCUAAGUCUAGACCUCACAGAGUCUGUAAACCCAUCAGAUAGAAGGAAUAUGUCACCCCGGAAUCAAUUUCCAUUGGAUUUACCACCAAAUGCAGGUGCUGAAUCAAAACGUCUGCCAGACUUCCUGCCUGUCCACCCAGGCCGAACAUCCCCGGAGCCUGAACACCAGGAUGAACAGCUGCAGCAGAUCAUGAGCGAGCUGGAGAGAACCAGGUCGGAGUUAUUCACGGAGCGCAGCCGGCGGUGCCGCGCGGAGGAGGAGGCGGCCAGCGCACGCGCCAGGCUCGCCGAGCGGGAGCGCGCGCUGCGGGACCACGUGUGCGCGUCCCCCGCACCCGCCAGCGCCGCCGCCCCCGCACUGCCCACACUGCCCACACUGCCCACACUGCCCACACACAUACAGCUCGCCGAGGUCAGUGCUCGAAGUACGGACCUCGAAGUUGUGUCGAAACUGAAAAAUGAAAUCAAAAAAUUAAAGGAGCAGCUGCGCGCGUCGCAGGCGGAGGCGCGGGCGCUGCGCGGGGCGCAGGCCGGGGCCGCCGCCGACCUGCGCCGCGCCACGCGCCUCGCGGACACCUCGCUCAGAGAGUUGCUCGCCGGCUUGGAGCAGCUGAACACGCUGAGCUCGCGGCUGGACCCCACGUGAUCCCCAUCGCCCCCGCACCCCGCGUAACUGACGUCUAACUGUCAAACUGACGUCCCACAACUGUCAAACUGACGUCCCACAACUGUCAAAUUGACGUCAGCCACAGUCAAUCUGACGUCUGCUGUUAAACUACUGUCUGCUAUGAAACUGACGUCUGUAACCUGUCAUAUGUCUGCUUCAGUCGUCUUCUGUCAAAUUGACGUCCGCCACCUGUCAAAUUGACAGCAGUCAAUCUGACUGCUGGUAAACGUCUGCCAUCUGUCAAACGUUUUGUGUGACGGUUGACAGCUCUGGAACAUUCCGUUUCACAAUGAUUUUAUAAAAUUAUAAUUAUGCUGUUUAAAAAAUUAUUACAAUACGAUGUUACUUUUGGCAAUAAUGGAUGUAAAAAAAUGUUUUGAGAAUAAUUGAUACUUUAAUUGGCGUGUGGGAAAAUCGUAAAGUUAAAAAAUAAGGCAAAAUGUAAUUAUGGCUUUAAUUAUUUAACAAAUUAAGGAAUAUUUCAGAGCUGUCAACAAUAACCUCUAAAAACUGUAGUGGUAUUUAAAAAGUUUAAAAUAUUGCAGUUUUAAAUAAGCAUUGCAGCAAGUUUUAAAUAUUGAAAAGUCGGGGCGUGUCGAUAAAUGUAACUUAAGUUAGCGGAAUUAUGUUUUUUAUAACUUAAGAGUUCCUCCAUUUUACAAUAUUCGUCAUCACAAGUAAUUUAUUAUAAAAUUUUAACGUGAUCGUAUUUUAUUUAUAUUUAUUGUUCAUUUUUAAUUUGUACGCAGUUUGAAUGGAGCUUGUUUGUGUGGAAUUAAAUGAGCUGAUUUUAAUAUUUUA